UGGCGGUCACAGAUAACACCAGCCUUGCGAGAAGUGCCGUCUGCUCAGGUUUGAUAAGAUUUUAUUUUCGCAAAACACAAUGGCGUCUGACGGUGUUGGAAAAUCUGUGAUCUUUCUGACCAUCUUUGUUGCCCUCAACACCACCGCCCUCGUUGUGGUGUCUUUCCUGCAGUUCAGCAACAUGAAGAGCCUCCAGCUUCAAGAUUCAGAUCUUCAAAGUGACCUUGAAUUACUACUGCACGACGGUGAGCAUGGUGUUAGUCUCGUGUUUGAAUUGUCGUCUGGUGUGAAGCGCGAUGUGGCUGAGUCACUCGCCCGCAGCAGGCGAUCAGGUUUGGAGGAUGUGUUCCUAAGUCUCCUACAGACGGAAGAACGUGUCAUUGAGCGACACUGCAAGAACACCACCAAGGUCUGCAAGCAGGGUGAGAAAGGGGAGACAGGCGCACCUGGUCAACAGGGAACCAAAGGGGACAAGGGCGUGGCCGGACUGAAGGGGGACGAAGGGUACCAAGGUCCAGAGGGAGACAAGGGCACCUCGGGUCCACCGGGGGAAGUGGGCGCUGUGGGGGCAACAGGUCUCAUAGGAACCCCCGGGGCUGUCGGACUGCCAGGGGAGAAGGGCGACCAAGGCUUGCAGGGAGUGCGGGGGCGGAAGGGAGAGGCUGGAAGCCCGGGGGUGAAAGGAGACGCUGGGGAGAGAGGUGCACAAGGAAUCACAGGUCAGGCUGGCUCUAAAGGCGAGGCGGGAUCGACAGGAGUUGAUGGGGACCCUGGCGUGGCUGGUGUCAAAGGUGAAACCGGAGACGUGGGCGUGAGGGGCGGUGACGCCGACAAGCUGAAGGGAGGGUGCGAGUGCCUCAAGAAGCCGUCAAUAUUUGGACCAGACAGUGAGAAGCUGGUUGUACCGUACGGUGGCGCGGCGACACUCAACUGCAGCUCAAGCGGCGUCCCUCCGCCAGACAUCACGUGGGUGGGGAAUGGAAACAAAGCUAUAUCUUACACUAUACCCGUUGUGACGUCAUUCGACUAUCAUACGUACCAGUGUGUUGCCUCGAAUGUGUUUGGUACGGACACCAAAAAUAUCACGAUUAGCCGCACAUGAUGAAAACUUGUGAACCUGAUGAUCGGAAUAAAGCGUCUGCUCGAUGCGUUUG